AUGGGACAAGUUGAGUAUGAUGUUAAGAAAGGACUUUAUGAUUGUUUGGAUAUACUUGUGGGAGAUCCUGCACUCAUUACAAUUAUUGAUAGUCAACUUGAAGAUUUCAAGGGUAAGGCUAAAUUUUUUGGUAGAGAUGUAGCCAAGAAUGCUCUCAAAACCAAAACACCUUCACAAUGGUGGGAUUCUUAUGGGGAUGAACAUCCAGAACUUCAAAAAUUUGCUAUCCAUGUCUUGAGCUUGACUUGUAGUUCAUCGGGAUGUGAGCGCAAUUGGAGUGCUUUUGAGAUGGUUCACACGAAAAGAAGAAAUCGUUUGAAGACAAGUACAAUGAAUGACGUUGUUUUCGUGAUGACCAAUUCAAGAUUGGCAAGAAAGAAGCCAUCAAAAAAUACUGCUGACUAUAGUCUUGAAGACUUGGAUUCAGAUGAAGAAUGGAUUGUGGAAGAUGAAAAUAUGAUGGAAAAUUUGGAGGAGUUUAACACACAAAAUGAUGUAAACUUAGCCCCUCAAGAAAAUGGAGGUAAAGAUGAGAGUCCUUUGAUUGAUUUGGAGAUUCCUCUUCUUGAUGAUGAUGCUUUCAAUGAGCUUCUCAACUUUCCUCCUAAUGGAAAUCAAAAUGUUGGAGAACAUAAUGAUUAUGACGUUAAUGAAUUGUUCUAGUUUUUAUAUUUUUUAGGAUGAUGUUAUGUUAUCUUCUUUAUAUUUGCGAUGUUUCA